GGAGCUGCUGACACAAACAGUCAUUAGCAGACGACCCUUUUGUAACAAACUAUGCCUUAAAAUGUAAACUGUGGGGUAUUUUCCUUGAUUUGUCCAGAAGGAACUUUCUCCUGCGUGAGCCUGGAUUAAUCAUGAGAGAGCUGGUCCACAUUCCACUGGUACAUAUCCUGACUCUGGUUGCCGUCAGUGGGACUGAGAAACUUCCAAAAGCUCCCAUCAUCACCACUCCUCUUGAAACAGUAGAUGCCUUAGUGGAAGAGGUGGCUACAUUCAUGUGUGCAGUGGAAUCUUAUCCCCAGCCCGAGAUUUCCUGGACUAGAAAUAAAAUUCUCAUUAAGCUCUUUGAUACUCGGUACAGCAUUCGAGAGAACGGGCAGCUUCUCACCAUCCUGAGUGUGGAAGACAGCGAUGAUGGCAUUUACUGCUGUAUCGCCAACAAUGGCGUGGGAGGAGCUGUGGAGAGCUGUGGUGCUCUCCAAGUGAAGAUGAAGCCUAAAAUAACUCGUCCUCCCAUAAAUGUAAAAAUAAUAGAAGGGUUGAAGGCAGUUCUUCCAUGUACUACAAUGGGCAAUCCCAAACCUUCAGUGUCAUGGAUCAAGGGAGAUACUGCUCUCAAGGAAAAUUCCCGCAUUGCAGUUCUUGAAUCUGGAAGUUUGAGAAUUCAUAAUGUACAAAAGGAAGAUGCAGGACAUUAUCGCUGCGUGGCAAAGAACAGCCUUGGGACAGCAUAUUCCAAAUUGGUGAAGCUUGAAGUUGAGGUCUUUGCCAGAAUCCUGAGGUCUCCUGAGUCUCACAAUGCCACGUUUGGCUCCUUUGUGACCCUGCGCUGUACAGCAACAGGCAUCCCUGUCCCCACCAUCACCUGGAUUGAAAAUGGAAAUUCUGUAUCUUCUGGGUCCAUUCAAGAAAAUGUGAAAGACCGUGUGAUUGAUUCAAGACUGCAGUUGUUGACCACCAAGCCAGGCCUCUACACUUGUAUAGCUACAAAUAAACAUGGAGAGAAGUUCAGCACAGCAAAGGCUGCAGCUACCAUCAGUAUAGCAGAGUGGAGCAAACCACAGAAAGAUAACAAAGGUUACUGUGCCCAGUACAGAGGAGAAGUGUGCAGCACCGUCCUAGCCACAGAUGCUCUUGUUUUCUUCAACACUUCCUAUGCUGACCCUGAGGAAGCACAAGAGCUCUUGGUUCACACAGGCUGGACUGAACUGAAAGCAGUGAGUCCACUCUGCAGGCCAGCUGCUGAGGCUCUGCUGUGUAACCAUGUCUUCCAAGACUGUAACCCUGGAGCAGUACCUACUCCCAAGCCCAUCUGCAGAGAGUAUUGCCUGGCAGUAAAAGAGCUCUUCUGUGCAAAAGAAUGGCUGGCGAUAGAAGAAAAGACCCACAGAGGCCUCUACAGAUCUGGGAUGCAGAUGCUUUCUGUGCCAGAAUGCAGUACGCUUCCCAGCAUGCACUGGGACCCCAAGUCCUGUACCAGACUGCCAUAUUUAGAUUAUAGAAAAGAAAACCUAACAACAUUCCCAUCAAUGACGUCCUCAAAGCCGAGUGUGGACAUUCCAAAUUUGCCUUCUUCCUCCUCGUCCUCCUCUGUCUCGCCCACUUACUCCAUGACUGUAAUAAUUUCCAUCAUGUCCAGCUUUGCAAUAUUUGUACUUCUUGCCAUAAGUAUUCUUUAUUGCUGCCGAAGACGAAAACAAUGGCAAAAUAAGAAAAGAGAAUCAGCAGCUGUAACCCUCACUACUCUUCCUUCUGAGCUCUUGCUAGACAGACUUCAUCCCAACCCCAUGUACCAGAGGAUGCCACUUCUUCUGAAUCCCAAAUUGCUCAGCCUGGAGUAUCCAAGGAAUAACAUUGAAUAUGUGAGAGAUAUUGGGGAGGGAGCAUUUGGAAGAGUCUUUCAAGCAAGGGCUCCAGGCCUUCUUCCCUAUGAGCCUUACACAAUGGUGGCUGUGAAGAUGCUCAAAGAAGAAGCCUCAGCAGAUAUGCAGGCUGACUUUCAAAGGGAAGCAGCCCUCAUGGCGGAAUUUGAUAACCCAAACAUCGUGAAACUCUUAGGUGUGUGUGCUGUGGGCAAGCCCAUGUGUCUCCUCUUCGAAUACAUGGCCUAUGGCGACCUCAACGAGUUCCUCCGCAGCAUGUCCCCACACACCGUGUGCACCCUCAGCCACGGGGACUUGUCCCGGGUGCAGGUCUCCAGCCCUGGACCCCCGCCCCUCUCCUGUGCCGAGCAGCUCGGCAUCGCCAGGCAGGUGGCCGCUGGCAUGGCUUAUCUAUCAGAGCGCAAAUUUGUCCACCGAGAUUUAGCCACCAGGAACUGCCUGGUGGGUGAGAACAUGGUGGUGAAAAUUGCAGACUUUGGCCUCUCCAGGAACAUCUACUCGGCCGAUUACUACAAGGCUAAUGAAAACGAUGCCAUCCCUAUCCGCUGGAUGCCACCCGAGUCGAUUUUCUACAACCGUUACACCACCGAGUCUGACGUGUGGGCCUACGGGGUGGUCCUGUGGGAGAUCUUCUCCUACGGCCUGCAGCCCUACUAUGGGAUGGCCCACGAAGAGGUCAUUUACUAUGUGAGAGACGGCAACAUCCUCUCCUGCCCAGAGAAUUGUCCCCUGGAACUGUACAAUCUGAUGCGCCUGUGUUGGAGCAGGCUGCCUUCAGACAGACCCAGCUUCACCAGCAUCCACCGGAUUCUGGAACGCAUGUGCGAGAGAGCAGAGGGGGCUGUGGGUGUCUAGGCUGAAG